UAUUCAGGUAUUACCAAGGUCUCAUUUAACCUCAAGGCCACUCUGACAGCCUUUUUAAUUCUUCCUCCAAUGUAGAUAAAAAAUCCAGCUUAGUGAUGGUACGCAUCAUGGAGGGAGACCGUCCAGACCUGGCUGAUAUCAAGGGCGAUGCUGAGGGGUUGGCAGAGUUGACUGGACUGAUGAAGAGAUGCUGGGAUCCUAAUCCUGAACAAAGGCCCAGAGCCCUUGAGUGUACAACUAAGACAGAACAACUGUUCAAGAUGCACAAACAUGCAAUCCAUGACGCUGUCCAUGAAGUUCUGAAGAAACUGGACCAAAAGGAAGGAAAAGGCAUGGCAGCAGGAGAGCAGGUUCAGAGGGAUCAAAUCGCUGAAGCUCCAGCUAUAAGAGGGGAAAAUCCACAGAGGAAUGACCCAGCAGAGGACACAGUCCCAGCAGAGGACACAGUCCCAGUAGAGGACACAGUCCCAGCAGAGGACACAGUCCCAGCAGAGGACACAGUCCCAGCAGAGGACACAGUCCCAAUAGAGGACACAGUCCCAGCAGAGGACACAGUCCCAAUAGAGGACAGAGUCCCAGCAGAGGACCGAGUCCCAGUAGAGGACACAGUCCCAGUAGAGGACACAGUCCCAGUAGAGGACACAGUCCCAGCAGAGGACACAGUCCCAGUAGAGGACACAGUCCCAGUAGAGGACACAGUCCCAGUAGAGGACACAGUCCCAGCAGAGGACACAGUCCCAGCAGAGGACCGAGUCCCAGUAGAGGACAGACAUCCAGCAGAGCACCGAGUCCCAGCAGAGGACCGAGUUCCAGCAGAGGACCGAGUCCCAGCAGAGGACCGAGUUCCAGCAGAGGACCGAGUCCCAGCAGAGGACCGAGUCCCAGCAGAGGACCGAGUCCCAGCAGAGAAGAAGCUGUUGCAAGUUCGGACACAGUUUGUAAUCCGAGUGUCUGAUCCAGUUCUGAACCAGCUUCUGGAUAAUCUCCUUGAGCAUCGUGUUAUAACUGAUGAGGAAAUGCAGUCAGCCAGAACACGAGGCAGAGCAGACAAAGCCCGAGACGUGAUCGACACAGUGAGAAGAAAAGGAAGUGCAGCCAGCUCAGUUCUGAUCUCUGCUCUCCGUGAGGUGGAUCCAGUCCUGUCCAGAGAGCUGACAUUAAUCUCACCAAACUGUGGAGAGUUGUGA